AUGGCCAUGGACCAGUUAGCAAUGCCCAUGCUCCUGUCCACCGACUCAGCAGCCGCCGUCAUGGUGCUCCUUUCCGUGGCCACACUGCUUGUUGCCCUGAACCACAUGCUCUCAUCACGGCGGCGAUCGUCCCGGCGGCUUCCCCCGAGCCCGCCGCGCCUCCCGGUGAUCGGUCACCUCCACCUGCUGCGUCCACCGGUGCACCGCACCUUCCACGAGCUCGCGUCCCGGCUGGGGGCGCCCCUGAUGCACAUCCGCCUCGGCUCCACGCACUGCGUCGUGGCCGGCACGGCCGACGUGGCCAGGGAGCUCAUCCGCGACCACGACGCCACCAUCUCGGGGCGGCCGGUCUCGGUGCUGUCCCGGCUCUUCUCCUACGGCUCCGCCGGCUUCGCGUUCACGCCCAACAGUCCGCACUGGCGCUUCCUCAGGCGGCUGUGCGUCUCCGAGGUGCUGGGCCCGCGCACCGUCGAGCAGCUGCGGCACGUCCGGCGCGGCAGCCUGGCGUCGCUGCUGCGCGCCGUGCGGGCGUCGGCGGCGCGGGGCGAGGCGGUGGACGUCACCCGCGAGCUCAUCCGCUUCUCCAACACCGCCAUCAUCCGGAUGGUGGCGAGCGACGUGGGCGUGACCGACGAGGCGCAGGAGCUGGUGAAAGCGGUGACGGAGCUGCUCGGCGCCUUCAACCUGGAGGACUACGUCCCCCUGUGCCGCGGCUGGGACCUCCAGGGCCUCCGCAGGAAGGCCACCCGUGUCCACCGGCGGUUUGACGCCGUGUUGGAGCAGAUGAUCAGGCACAAGGAGGAGGCCAGGAACAGGGAGCGUCGCCGCGGCGGCGGCGGCACGCAGGAGGAGAAGAAAGUAGAGGGGCCGCCCGCGACGUGCAAGCAGCGCAACAAGGACCUGUUGGACAUCCUGCUGGACAAGGCGGAGGACGAGAGGGCGGAGGUGAAGCUCACCAGGGAAAACAUGAAAGCCUUCAUCAUUGACGUGGUGACCGCUGGGUCAGAUUCGUCGGCGGCGACGGUGGAGUGGAUGCUGGCGGAGCUGAUGAACCACCCGGAGGCCCUCGGCAAGGUGCGGGCCGAGAUCGACGCGGUGGUCGGCGGGGACAGAAGGAUCGUGGGGGAGGCGGACCUGCCGAGGCUGCCGUACCUGCAGGCGACGUUCAAGGAGACGCUGCGGCUGCACCCGGGGGCGCCCAUCGCGCACCGGCAGUCGACGGCCGAGAUGGUGGUCCGCGGGUUCACGGUGCCGCCGGAGACGGCGGUGUUCAUCAACCUCUGGGCCAUCGGCCGCGACCCGUCCUUCUGGGAGGAACCGCUGGCGUUCAGGCCGGAGCGCUUCAUGCCCGGCGGCGCCGCGGAGGGGCUCGGGCCCCGCGGCGGCCAGCAGUUCCAGUUCAUGCCCUUCGGCAGCGGCCGCCGGGGAUGCCCCGGCAUGGGGCUCGCGCAGCAGUCCGUGCCGGCGGUCCUCGCGGCCCUCGUGCAGUGCUUUGAUUGGGCCGCUGCCGACGGCGGGACAGCGGCGAUAGGUAUGGAUGAGUCCGACGUGGGCCUAGUGUGCGCUCGGAAGCACCCGCUUGUGCUCCGUCCCACCGCUCGUCUCAACCCGUUCCCGGCGGUCGUCUGA